UAGGUGGGGCUAAUGGAGGCCAGAGGCGGGGUCUGUGGGCCGGCUGAGGCGGGAGAACUGCGAUGGAGGUGUCCGUUAAGCUAAACGGGAUCGGGGGGGUUCAGCCGCUGGAUGGGAGACCACGUGCCUGGGGCUCUCUGUGCUUCAGCUGACGGAGUGCCGCCAGGAGCUGCGAAACACGGUACGACCAGACUGUUGACCUCCGUGUACAAAUAGGUCUUGGUGGACAGGCAUGUAACACUUCAAUUAUCUGGAGCUUCUAAACUGAAUCUUAAAGCUGUAGAAAAUAUUUAUCAAGACCCAGUUAGCAAGUGGUGAACACCUGAUCACAGAAUACCUAUGAAUUCAUCAUUACCACUCUCAGCUUCACCCCAGAAUCCUAGCACAGACCUUGAGAGCAGCACCAUUCAGAAACAGAGGAAAGAACUCCAGCUGUUAAUAGCAGAACUGAAAGAUCGUGAUAAGGAGCUCAAUGACAUGGUUGCAGUACAUCAGAGACAGCUGCUAGCCUGGGAAGAUGAUCGACAAAAAAUACUGACUCUGGCAGAACGAUGUAGCAGGCUAGAAAAUGAACUACACAAAAGAAAUGAGAUGAUAAGAACACUAACACAAAGAUUAAAGGUCUUAGAAUCUCAGCAGAAUGAUCGUAGGACAACACUUGAAAAUACUCAACAGAAGCUUCAGGAGCUGUCUCAAAAAGCAACAGAUGCAACUCUUCAUUGUCAGGCCCUGGAGGAGAAAAAUCAAAGUCUCAACUGUUCAGUGUUGGAGCUGGCUGCUAAAAUAGGCCAGUUACAAGCUAGAGAACAGGAACUCAUUACGAUGCUAAAGCUAAAGGACAAAGAUAUACUUGAAGCAACCAAUCACAUUACUGAAUUUACAUCUAAAUUUAAAAAGUUGGAAAGUGCAUUGCGUGCAGCUAAGAUGGGGGAAUCCAGUAUCAAUAAAGAAAAGCAGGAUUUCAAACUGAGACUGAAACAACUAACAUUUGAAAUGAAUAAAUUAAAAGAUGACCUCAGUGAAAAGACGAAAGAAAAUAAUGUGCAGCGGGAAGAAAUCAUACGCCUCAAACAAGAAAACGACUACUUGAAGAAUGAGCUCGUACUUAAUGUUGAGAAAGCAAAUAGACAAGAUCAGCUUCUUCAAUCUGCCAAAUCUAAACAAGUCCGGACCAACACAGAACUGUCCAAUUUGCGGCAGAUCUAUGUAAAACAGCAGCAUGAUCUGCAAUUUCUUCAUUUCAACUUGGAGAGUUCUCAAGAAUUAUGGCAGAAACACAAGGGGGAGGCACACGAAACAAAUGAAGAACGUGUGGAUCUGAAUUCCUUUUACUUGGACUCUCCCUGUUUGACGUCCACACAGAAGAGAGAUGGGCCCCAGAAAUGUGAGAGAUUGUUCGAUGCAGACCUCCCUUCAGAGAUUAGUAACUUAUCAGUGAUUCAGUCAGCAAAUAAGUGCACCAGUCCUACUAUCAACUAUGACUCCUGUUCACCAACAAGUAAACUCCAGCGUUUGCUGGCUGAGUCUCGACAGAUGGUUGCUGAUCUGGAGCUUAGCACGCUGCUCCACAUUAGCCCCUGUUGCAGUCCCGACAGCAGCAGUGUUAAUAUGACAACAGAACUUACAGAAGCUCUUUGCAAAGUGCAACUGCCAGCUAUGGAAGAAAGUGAGACAAAACUUUCACUGUUUUCUUUAUGAUCUUGAAUUCCUUGCAUGUUAUCUGGAAGAAACAAAGAUGACAUCCUUACUAUCUGGCAAGAACAAAGAAGAUGUCCUUAUUAAUUUAAAAUACAUUUUGAAAACUGAAGAUCAUUACCACAUAUAAGCUACAAUGAACAGUUACUAACUAACUAAAUGACCUGUUAUUUGGUCAUACCUCUCAUGAAUGUUUGAAAAUUUUGCAAGUGCCAAAAAGAUAUGACCGUAUGCUGGAAUGUAUUCUAUAUUUGUGAAUAAUAACUUAGAAUUAUGCUAAGAUGAAAAACUGCUUUUUUAUAGAUCAGUACUCAGGUUAAAUGCUAGUUUGUUUGUUUUUAAAGUAAGAAUAUAAAAUGCGUAAUUGUUUACUCCAUAAAGGUGACAUAUUUUUUUAAAUAUAGAACUAUUUUUAUUACUACUUCCAUAGUUGUGCAUAUUUGGUAUUUACAAUGUAUAACAGCAAAGUGUUAACUCCUGUUUGUCCAUUGUUAUAGUUCUGGACAUUUUGCCAUGUAAAUAGAUAUGAAUAAUGUUUAUAAGAAGUUGCUAAUUAGUGAAGUAACCAGGAUAUACCUCCUACAUUGCUGAAAUUUACAAAACCCUUCACCCACAAGAUUGGCAAAAUAACUCUUCCCCAGUCAUGAGCUAUUUAUUCUAACACAAACUUCUUAUAAGAUCAUGCGUUGAUAUGGAUGUUUUUAGCAGUAUAUGACAUGGAUUUAAUGUGUAGUCUUUUUAAAUAUUUUAACUAUGCCUUGUGUAUCUAUGACCAUCAGAAAAGUAGAAACGACUCAUUAUUGCAUUUGAAAAUAUUUUUAACCAAAACAAAAGGCCAUACAACCUA